ACUUGCUCAGACAUCUAUGGCGUCCGCCGUGGCCUGCGCGGUCUGUUUAGCCUUCGUGCGUGAAAUGUAAAUAAUUACACGCGUCCCUCAGUGCUCCACGGCCACUCGACGUGUUCGGUGGCGGUGGCGCAAGCGAUGGCAACCGUUUGGCAACAAGUCCUCGCCAUCGACGCCCGCUACAACGCCUACAGGUCGCCGAACGACCCAAACUUCCGCACACUGUACAUACGAAGACGGAGCCAGCUGCUCAGGGAGUCACAAAAGAAUGAGCAAUGCGUCGCAUUCCGGAAACAAUACCUGCGCCUCCGAAGCCAGCUGCUCGCUCAACGCUAUGGCGUGUCCGUCGAACAAUCGAGCAAUCGAAGUCGGAGCAUGGGCGGCAGGAGCAACAGUCGGGCAACACUUGAGGAACUGAGUGUGUCCAAAAUUUCUCUCAAGACGUCAGACUCGUCGGAGAGUCGCCUGCAAGCAAGCGGAGAACUCUCUCGCCGCGGCUCCUUUGGCAACCAGCGCUCCCUGACCAACGAAGGGCUGGUACCCACGUACGCUGCUGAAGCCAGUCGUGCCAUUGUUGGCGGUACAAGCAUCUCGGAGAACUAUGCCUUUGCGGGCGUCCAUCACAUCUUUGACCAGCACCGCGAUGCCGUGACCUUGGUGCGGUUUGCGAACAACGAGAAGUACUUGCUGGGCUGCUCGUCUGCGGAUGGGAACCUGUCCAUUUGCCGGUUGGACCCGCCCUGCGUGCUUUACAUGCUCGAGGGACACCAUGGCAAAGUCACCGGCUUCGAGUGGUCUCUCUCCAACGACCUCUUGGUGUCUGGGUCUCUGGAUGGCACGGUGCGGCUCUGGGACGCUAAGACGGGAAGCUGCGUGCGCACGGUGCCCGAUCCAUCUGGGGCAGCCAUCCUGUCGUGCGUGUUCCAGCCAGCUAACAACAACAUGGUGGUUACUGGAAAUGACAAAGGUCUUGUCCAGGUGCUCAACAUUUCCACAGGCAUCUACCUCAAGGGCGGCAGUAGCCAGACCACUGGCUGCGUCCUCUGCCUGACCUUUGAGCCGACGGGCAAGAUGCUCUGGGCCGGCGACGACCGGGGCUACAUUGUGUCCUACCUGUUCGACCUGCCCACUGGAAAGCUGACCAAGGGAAAGCGGAUGGUGGUGGCCGAAAACUGCCCAAUCACGUGCCUCUCGGCACGCCAGUGGGCAAGCCGUGAAGCCAGGGACCCGUCGGUGCUGGCCAACUGCGGCCUCAUCAAUGCUCUCCUUCUCUACAGUGUGCAGGGCUCGGAUGGCAGCCUGGCUCUCAAGCGCAAGUUCCACGUCAAGCAUCGAUGCCGCACCCCAGUGCGAAGUUCCUUUUGUCCCAUCAUGUCAUUCCGCCAGGGUGCUUGCAUCGUGACCGGCAGUGAAGAUCAGUGUGUCAACUUCUUCGACGUGGAGCGUGCAAAGCCGCUCCUCAACAAACUCCAGGGCCACUCUGCGGCCGUGCUCGACGUGUGCUUCAACUACGACGAAUCUCUGCUGGCCUCAAGCGAUGCGCAAGGAAUGGUCAUCCUUUGGAAGAGGUCUUCGGCUUGAUGCCAACCCUUCUUGUCCUGGAAACGAGUUGCCUCAGUUGAAGAGGUUACAGUAGCACUUGGUUGUGUUUAGCUUUGUUUCGUGUCACACAACCCGGUGGAUAGCUGGGUUGAAUGACACAAGAUAGUGAUGUGCAUUGAGAACACUGCAGGCUGAAUACAAGUGUAAGAAUCCUGUGCAAUAAUUAUGCAGUGCAAGUAGCAUAGUGCAGUCGUAUGCGAGUUGGGUCUUACAACUAGCAUGGAGCCAGUGACUUCACCCAAAGUGUAAACUUUGACCUCAUUUGUCAGUAUAUGCUGCGUAAGCGAAUGGUUAACGAUUUCUUGUAAAACCAUCUUCACAGCAAUUUGAAGCAAGAGUAGCCUGAUUUAGCAUUUGAAUGGUAACCAUGGUAGACAUAGGACUGCUGUGUGCGUUAAAGUGCGACUUGUUUCUACAACAUCAACAUUAUGGUCGUUGGCAGACCUUGGCCUGGCUCUGUGCUACUGGCUCUUAAUGCCAUGACUUGUUGGCCACGAAUUCAUUAUAGUUAUUGUUGAGCCUUCUUUCUUGCCUUAUACUUGUGCUGUUUGCUUAUGUCCUGCGCUGUAUACAAUACCAUCACCUACAAUUGCAGCUUUUGCCUUUAUGGUGAAGCAAAUUCUUGGUGUCAUUACUUGUCUUUGACUAUUCAGAGGAUGCUACGUGUGGUCACAAGCUCAGACUCUUGAGCUGGUGGGGGCCACAUUCCGAUUCCCAUCCCAGCAGAGGCAAUUCCUAUACAGUCAAACUUCGAUAUAACGAACCUCAAUUUAACGAAAUUCGCGAUGCAAUGAACUAUUUUUAUUUCCCCAUCUUAGUUCUAUUGAAUUAACGAAACCUCGAUAUAGCGAAGUUUUUCGCUGCCAGUACAACUUCGUUAUAUAGAGGUUUGACUGUAGAGUGAGCCUCCGUGGAUGCUACCAUGCAGAGGCAGGCUCCACGGAAAGAAUAGUUUAUUUAAAUGAUGGCUCUAGGCCUCUUUAGGCAAGUGGGUAGGGGAAGGGGGCUAAGUAUCCAUGGGAGCAUUUCCCCGCAAAGGCAAUUUUUUUGUUGUUUUUGUUGAUAUGAAAUUAAAAGGAGAGCUUGGAGCCUUUGUCGGUACUGGCUACUCCUCCUUGCAGGUUAAACAUAACUAAGAGCACAAAAAUACACUGAAGACUGGGCAGGGAUUGCUUAUGGAGGCAAUCCCUGCAGAGGCAGUCUCCAUGGAUGCAACCAUACAAAGACAAUCUCUGUAGAGGCAAUCACCAGAGAGCCAAUUCCCACGGUGGAAAUCUCCACAGGGGCAAUCCCUGUGGAUGCGGUCUCCAUUAUCGUAUUCAUGUGGAGGUGAUCUCCAUAGAUGCAACAAUGCAAAGAUAAUCCAAGCAGAGGCAAUUUUCCUAUAUUCAAUCUCCAAGGAUGCAAUUACCGUGGAGCCGAUCCCCAUAGAAGCGUUCGAUGCGGAGGCAGUCCCCAGAGUGUGGUUCGAUCGGCUGAGACAGUGAAAACUGACAGGAGGGUUUACUAUUCUCUACAGUGAAAGCAGCAGGACCCAUUCGUGUCUUUCAUUAUGCACAUGCACACCAACACUGCAGCCUUGCCUUGAUUACAAUAACCACUGUCUGCACUAACUUCUCUUCCAAUUGUUAUUAGUGGCAGUGUUGCAUCAUGACUGUGCAACGAAUAAUCACCAAAUAUGAAAUGCCUGAAUAAAACGAGUUUUACAGGUGACAACUGCUUGGCAAGCUAGCAAAGUAAUUCUACAAUAAAUUUCAUGGCCCUAGCUUCUGUACAACUGCGCUCGAGUCCACCUUCUGAUGCUGCAUUCCAUAACAGAAGUUUGUACAGACGCGGCAGUAGUGCAUCAUCUGAGAGCUCAGUCAAGUUGCUUGCUGGGCAUGUUGCUAGGUUGACAUUAAAAAAAAGAAAAACUGCGAAGGACUAGUGUACAGCUUGAAUCCCAGUGCUCGCCCAGUGCUCGUCCAUCAUUGUUCGCGUUUUCUUUCUGUGUUGCUUUACUGGUUGUUCUCAUGCUCAAUAGAGACCUCAUGCCUCGAGCAACCUUGGAGGUCAAAUCAUGUGUCUUUACGUCUCUGCCAUUAAUGGUCUCUGCAUCAGAACUUCUAAGCACAAUUUGAAUCUGCCAGUCUGUUUCAGCUAUUUGGACUGCACUGCUUGGGGACUGUCUCUGUUGGAACUGGAAUCGGAAUGUGACCUCAGUAUAAUAAGCCACGUCUGGCUUCUGAUAGCAGCAGACUCGAGCAGUAUUACACUAUGGAUUGUUGUUCUAGUGUACGUUUACGCAUUCCAACAUACUAAAUGUGGAAAUGUUGAUAGGAUGCCUGUUUUAUCGUCACCAUUAAGCAUAAGCAUUAAAUGACAUUGUUUUAUAUCUAGUAUUGUAUCAUAUACCAGCCAUGGAGAUUAUAAUUUUGUACAUAUGACCUGCCAGGAUGUUUUACUGUUUGCCAAAUCAUGUCAAGUUGAUUUUGUGUAGAGACCUAGGUAGAAGCUCACUAUGUUCAAACCCUCACCUCACAAAAGGGGGAAACUACAUUUUGUAAGUUCCUCGAGUGUAUGAAGAGGAACCAGCAUUCCCUUUGAACUUAAAAUGCCCCAUAGAUCAGUGUUUCACAUAGAGUAGUACCUGUGAUUGAGCAUGCUGGUUGCAGUCGGAGAAGUUUAAAGGACACUAUAGAGGUAGAUUACUCAGUAAAUCUUCUUGCUGGGCUACUUGGUUCUUAAUGCUUAGUAAAUAGAUACCGCAUAAAGCAGAUAAGGACGAGAAGGUAGACACACAGACUAGCACAAACUUGAAUUUCCAUGUAGAAAUCCAUUUGGUUGUGGAUUUUGACGGCCUCUGCUAUGGCCUAGUUAGCUUUUUUAUCGGCAACGAUUGACAGCAUUGUAUUCUAAAAGAGCCAAGGACUGAACUUUGAAAGUUUUGAGAUUACUGCUGCAUCAAGAACAGCCCAAAAAUGAGAAACUACUUUAAAAUCUGUGAUGUCACCCUGGUAUACCAGCACUGGGGUUCUGGUGGGAAACAUUAAAAAAAAAUGGUUCUUUAACCUUUGUUUUGUCUUCUAAUAAUCAACCUCUUACUGCGAAAUUAAAGAAAGGAAUGAUUUGAAAGUGUAGUGCAUUAUCAGGCUAAGCUGAUUCUGUGUGUUCCACUGCUUUGAGUUCAGUGCCACCAUCACACUUGUGCUGUAUGCGAUCAACCGUGUUACCUGCAACACCUUGUUGCUGUGCGGCUUAUAAAGCCUAAGUCCUCUAUGUGCUAAACAUUGGUCACGACAGUGCAAGUUAUAGGAAAAGCACUUCACCCCUCAACUUGCAUCUGCAUAUGAUUGUAGGUAUAAGCAGUAUUGUUGAAGACACUGGCUUUCCAGGAUGUUCAUUCAAUCAAGAUGAAUUCAUUUGAGAAUUUUCUUAUACAUUUUCACGGUUCAUAUGCGGACAACUGCUUUACUGUGAUGAAUGAUCUGACUAAGUGCGGUGACCUCUUUAAGGGUUUACUGAACGAUUUGAGCUUGGGUCAAAUGAACAGGUCAUUGUUUUUUCACUACAAUUUUCUUUCGUUUUUUAAUUUUUUUUAUUCUGAGGACUCAUAAGUUUAGUCUGAAAUCCUUUAUGCUCAAAUGUGUUUUUAUUCAUCGUUUCAUGACUCCCUAGCUUGGUAGUUGAGUUGAAAUGAGCUCAGAAGAGCAGUUCAAGCACUGUUUAAACCCUAAAAAAAAAGUGUAAAAAAAGCUUGUUACAAGUAAAACUGCAACACAAAAUGCUAACUCUGUAUGAAAUUUUAGUGUAGACGAGCGAGCAAUAUAGCUAGAAAAGCCCUCUCUACCUUCUUUCUUCCGUUAAUUAUGCAACACUUAGUGUACGAUAAAGCCGGCCAAUGCCCUGUAUUUUUUAUUAGAGUAACACUUGUGUUGCCAUUAUUGCGCAACACAUUUGAGAAGGUUUGAAAUAUGGGAACGUGCCGAUUAGAAUCUGUACUGGACUCUUGAAAUGAGGCCAGUAUUUUUUUUUUUUUAUUCACUGGGGCACUGGAAUGCCGUGAUUUGGAUGUGAUGAUCCACUCGUGAUCUGUUGCAGCUUUACAUCUGUGCCAGAGGACAUACAAAUGAUACAAGUGAAUUGCCGUCAAUGAUGCGCAAACUUGAGAGGUUGAGUGCCCGUCUUUUAUAUGCCAAUAAGUGCUCUCCUCGAUGGCUGCGUUAUGGUUUCUGGUUGCUGUGAUGUGUACAUAUAUAGGUGAAAGCAGAUUGUAUGGACUUUUGUAGCAGUAGUUAGCAACAUUCCGUCCGGAUUUAGUCAAUAAAACUUCAUGCUUAGCCAUC